UUGAAAUUAGACUAUAGUGUAGAGAACAGCAUUACUUGGGGAGAAAGCUGCUGCUCAGCUGAUAAAUUUCGUAUCUUACUGAGAAAUAUCCAGCUACUUUCUCGGCUCGGAAAAGAAACAGGAAAUUCUCAGCAGACGACGUUUUUUUUUUCCCAUUUUUUGUUGACUCGCAAUUUUGGGGAUUUCAAUGCUGGCGACCGAGGAAGAGCCGAUAUUCGGCUGGAACAACAACGGACGAAGCCGGAGAAAGCUUCUCGUCGGAGAAAAAAUAGAGGUAAGAAGUGUUGAGGAAGGGUUUCUGGGUUCUUGGCAUUUAGGAACUGUGAUUUCCUCGAAAAAACGGCGUCGGCGUAGUAUCAGAUACGAUAACAUUCUCUCUGAUGAUGCUACUGAUUAUCUUACGGAUACUAUUGAUGUUUCGGAGGUCGUAGAAGGCGUAAGCUCUAGUUGCAUAGACGUUUCCGAUAAUUUACGCGGACGUUUAAGACCCGUGCCGCCGAAAUUGGAAAUUGAUCGAUUGAACCUUGCGUAUGGACUCUGCGUCGAUGUAUUUAUCAGUGAUGCUUGGUGGGAAGGUGUGAUUUUCGACCACGAAAAUGGUUCUGAGGAAAGGAGAGUGUUUUUCCCUGAUUUGGGUGAUGAAAUAGAUGCUGGUCUUCAAUCUUUACGUAUUACUCAGGACUGGAAUGAGGUUACAGAGACAUGGGAGUGUCGUGGGAUAUGGUUGUUUCUUGAUUUGAUUGAGAAAUAUAGGGAAGAUAACUAUCUCCCGGUUUCAGUAAAGCAACUUUGGUAUGACAUACGGGACAGGGUUGAUUUUGCGAGGAUCCGGGAAUGGACUUGCUCCACUAGGCAUUUAUGGGAAGAUUUGAUGCUGGAGGUGAUUGGUAACAAUCUUGAAAUCACCAUAAAUCAGUUUCUUCAUGAUUAUGACGCUGAAAGAUUCCCAAACCAAGAGUUGAAGCUCUUAAAAGAAGCUUCUCAAGCGGUUAAUGAGAUCGAUGCUUGUCCUAGUGGCAUGAUAGUGAUUGCUUCACAAGAACAACAACUUUCCUGCAUUGACAAAUAUCACCAACCAGCGAGCCUGAGAUGCCAGUCUUCUUCUGUCUUGACUUCCGUCUCUGGCAUUAGGUCGGAGGAGAGUUACGAUAAUAGGAUAACAGAAUUUUGCAGCAAGAAAUCUACUGCCGAUCAAAAGAUGAUACUACCCAAGACACCUGGAAACUGGCAACCUUUUCAUUGUGUUGCUAAAUCAUGCCCACAGGCUGUGUCGAGCUAUAUUAGGACAAGGUCACAAAGAGUGGUUGUACAUGUCAGGAAGCAUCUUAAGUAUAUGGGAUGGACCAUAGAACACAUGGUAGAUGAAGGUGGCAGACACAGGUUUCGCUACCUCUCACCAGAUGGAAGGCUAACAGAGAAGUCCCUUCGUCAAGUAUGUUUCAUGUUGAAACAACGUGAUGAAUCUUUGACUCCUCCUAGGAUGGCUAAGUCUCUUUCUCUGCCUUGUGAAAACUGGACAUAUAACACCCACGAAACGAGGAGCAUUGUUUUGGCUUUGCCUGCUUAUAAUAGAAGUGUCGCUCUUAGUGAUGGAAGGAAGCCGUCUGCUGAAACCUUGCGUGAGAGUGAAACGCAAGGAAAAGAAGAGGCUUUCAAGAGAGAUAGCUGCAAUAUCUAUUCUAGAAAUACCAUCCCGGCUCAUAAAAAGACACUCUGUGUUAGACUCGAGCCAGAAACAACAGCUCAGGGGUUCGUAAGGUUGAAAAGUAGGCCUAAGCAGAGACCUAACCUUAGAUAUAAAUCCAAGAAGAACAAAGUGAUUGUAGGUUUGCGAAAUGUCAAUCUGAGCAUGAGAAGGGGGAAAGUUUCAAGAAAGUUAAUGGAUAUCAAGCAUCGAGUAACUGGUCGGGGUAAAACCCGCAUGUCACGAUCAAGCAAAAGAGUGCAGCAGGUACUUAGUCCCAUCUCUAGACAUCGUAGUCCACGUAGUAUUCUUUCGUGGCUUAUCGACAACAAUGUGGUUCUACCAAGGGAAAACAUCCAAUGCCGUAGCCAAAAGGAUCACACUGUGAGAAAAGAGGGGAAACUAACUCGUGAGGGUAUAAAAUGCAGUUGUUGCCGUAGAAUUUUCACAAUAAGUGGCUUUGUAGUGCAUGCAGAUGCUGGAUCCUGUAGAGCAGCAGCCAAUAUAUUUCUCGAUGAUGGAAGAUCUCUCUUGGAAUGCCAAGUAGAAGCCUACAAUACAAGAAAGAAAGCACAACCACCUGAUAUUCUGAAGAUUAAAUUGCGUCAUGGGGAGAACGAUAUAGUUUGCUCUGUUUGUCAUUAUGGCGGCAAGCUGAUUCUCUGUGAUGGAUGUCCGUCCUCUUUCCAUGCAAAUUGUCUUGGCCUAGAGGAUGUUCCAGAUGGUGACUGGUUCUGCGCGUCAUGUUGUUGUGGUGUCUGUGGACAAUCUAUCCUCAAGGAUACUAGAAAAUAUGCCAAGGAGGAAAAGUUUAUCAGUUGCAAGCAAUGCGAACUUAAAUAUCACCCUAGCUGCCUGCGUCAUGAUGGUGUCGGUGAUCAGUUGGAUACAUUCUUGGGAGAAAAGUGGUUUUGCAGCAAGGACUGUAAAGAGAUAUAUGUAAAUCUCGGUGAGCUUAUUGGAAAACCAAGAGAGGUUGGCGUGGAGAAGAAUUUAACUUGGAGACUGCUGCAUUCCUUGGAACUUGAUACAGAUGGGACUAAAGCUUCUAAAAUUGAGGCAGUGGCAGAAAAUCAUUGCAAGCUCAGUGUUGCUCUUGACGUGAUGCAUGAACUCUUCGAGCCUGUGAAAAGAGCUCAUGGUGGGGGUGAUCUUGUUGAAGAAGUUAUUUUUAGCAGAUGGUCAAAAUACAAACGUUUGAACUUCAGUGGAUUUUACACGGUACUUCUAGAAAGGAACGACGAACUUGUUACUGUGGCUACUGUCAGAAUUUUUGGGAAAAAGGUUGCAGAAAUGCCCUUCAUUGGUACUAGAUUCCAGCAUCGCCAGCUCGGGAUGUGCCGGGUUUUGAUGAAUGAACUCGAAAAGGUGUUGAUUGGCUUGGGAGUUGAGAGGCUGGUCUUGCCUGCAGUUCCAUGCGUGUUGAACACGUGGACGAACUCAUUUGGCUUUACAAAUAUGAAAAUCUCCGAAAAGAAAGACUUUCUGCAAUUUACCUUUUUGGAAUUCGGACGAACACUAUUGUGCCAGAAGAUCUUGAUCAAGAGCAGCGUAGCAGAUCCAAUUCCAAGUACAGUGCCUCUGGGUGAACCACACUGUGACAUCAUCAGGAUUGAAGACAAUCCUGCCUCUGAUGAUAGAUCAGAAGUACAUCAGGUAGAACAGCAAUUCGAGGAGUCUAGCUCCACGAAAAAUCCACCAGAGGAAAUAAAAACAGAUCAGGAAAGGUUGUUGAAAGAGAACCGUAUUCUAAAGUGUUACACACGAAGGAGGAAAAAAUCUAUGAGGUUAACAUAAUAACAUGACGUAUGAACACUUCAGGGUCCAAGGAGGCAAGGAGAGCAUCUCGCAUCUCGACGACGAAUUUGGUUCAGAAUCUUUGGAUAUGAAAGAUUGAGAUUAUUACACGAUUAAGGUUAGUGUAAAUCAUGAGUCGGGUGCUUGUGUCCGAAACAACCCAAAGGUGUCGAAAUGUAUAAAAAAAAAAAGAACAAAUGCUUACCUCUCUUCCGACACUUCAUUUCUCCUCCUUUUUUUAUCUUUGUAUGAAGUUGGAAAGAUGAAGCAUAUAUAUAACUAG